UCUUUUUAAUUCUCAUCAGAACUCUAGCUGCAGCAUUUUGGACAAGCUGAAAACGUUUAACUACAUUCUGUGGACUUCCAGAGAGUAAUGAAUUACAGUAAUCCAGCCUUGAUGUAAUAAAUGCAUGAACUAGCUUUUCAGCAUCACUCCUGGAAAGGAUGUCUCCGUCUUGAGCCGGGGUGAGUACUCCUCUCAUUAAACUAUCUGUGAGUGUGUGUUUUCCAGGAGAGGGAGAAGGUGAGGCUCCAGCUGUACCUGAUCAGCAAUCAGCAGGUCUGUUACUUAAGGUGGAUGGAGAACUCUGUCAUGAUUGCAGGAAGCUUCCUGACCCACAUGAAAGAAUCACCACAAGGCAGGAGGUCUCAGCACUUAAGGAUUCACCAUCCACUACUCCAUAGGACUCCGGAAUCUCUCUGCCAUGUUCCUCCAUCUCUCCUGACCAACCCGCUCUCUCGCCAUGCUCCCUCUCCGUUCCUGGAACCCUAAUCCACCCCGGCUCGAUACCUCCCCCUCAGCCUUUAAGGCCCUUCCAAUCAGUGCUGUGAUCCCUCAGCUCCUGACCACUGGAAUUCUCAGUGUGCUGUAGGUUAUCGUUUGUCCAAAAAUGAAUCUUAUUUUUUCUAUCAUUCUGUGUUCGUGGUUGAUUGUGCAUGUCUUGGGUUAGAUUCAUCCCUCAAAACAUGACAGCUUCUAAUCUUGGCAAUAUUCCGAAGGUGGAAAAAGGAAAUCCUACAAACCUGUUUAACGUGGGAUUUGAAUGACAUGUCCUGGUCAAAGAUAACACCAAGGUGCCUUGCUUUGUUCUCGGAGACUAAUUUAAUGCCAUUCAGGUCAGGUGAUUGACUAAGCAAUUUCCUUUUAUGAAUUUCAGGUCCAAAGAUGAUAGAUUCAGUCUUGUCUUGAUUUAAAAGCAAAAAGUUUAGAGUCAUCCAAUUUUUUAUGUUUUCAAGACAAGCCUGUAAUCUACCCAACCGAUUAGGUUCAUCAAGGUAAAUGGAUAAAUAUAACUGAGAAUCAUCAGCAUAACAGUUAAAGUUUAUCCCAUGCUGUCUAAUGAUUUUACCAUUGGGAGCAUAUAUAUAGUAAAAAGAAUUGGUCCAAGCACUGAACUCUGUGGUACUCCACAAGUAACCCUGGGGUAUGAAGAAGAUUUGUCAUGUACAUGUACAAAAUGAAAUCUCUCAGACAGGUAGAAUUUAAACCAGCCUAGCGCUGUUCCUUUGAUCCCUACAACAUGUUCAAGCCUUUGUAAAAGAACAUUGUGAUCUACUGUAUCAAAAGCAGCACUGAGAUCUAACAAGGCUAGAACAGACACAAGAUUCUUGUCUGAGGCCAUGAGAAUAUAAUUUGUUACAAGGGCGUGUUUUUAUUGUCACAAAAAGGGGCAUGUGAUUUGUGUUAUCAACUCAAACAGAAAAAUGGGAACAGUCCUAAAAACAAAAAAGUGGCUUUUGUUAAAAGUUCCCCUGCCUCCUUUCCAGUCAGUCACACUGGGGAGAAAGACAUUUCUGAUUCAUGCUUUGAACCCUUCACCUUUAUGGGACAUGUUUCUCUACUUGAGGUCCCGGAUCAGAAAGUGUCAGUAAAAAUACUGAGGGAUACUGGAGCUUCCCAGACCCUCAUCUGUAAAAGAGUGUUGCUCUUCUCUGAUGCUAGUUCUGCAGAGUUUUCUGUGCUAUUAAAAGGCAUCGAGCUGGGAGCUCUACCCAGCCCUGUGCAUAAGAUUCAGCUAAAUAGUCCAGUUAUAAGUGGUGAUGUGCAUGUGGCCCUUUGUGAGGAGCUGCCGAUUAAAGGCAUAGAUGUGUUGCUGGGAAAUGAUUUAGCUGGUGGAAAAGUCAUCCCUACUCCAGAACUUGUAGAGGUUCCUGUUUUGCACGAACCUGUUAUUUUCCCAGUGUGUGUUGUGACCUGGUCCCAGAAAAAAGGACCUGAUAACUCAGCCAUCACCUUGGAAAACACUUUGUUGCAACCUCUCCUUUAUGAGAUAAAAAUAGCAGAGGAGAGCCCCGACUCUGAUGAUAGAGUGAAUCAAGAAAAGUCUGACUCCAGAGAUUGUCCCGCGUUCUCGGACACCCUUUCCUCCGCCCAAAAGGAGGAUGAAAGUUUGAAGAAUUUAUUUGAACAGGUGGACCCUAUCGCUGAGAUUCAGCCGGGUCAGAGUCAGUACCAAUUAGAAAAUGGAAUAUUGUUCCGGUGUUGGUCCCUGCCUUCUGCUCAAGGGGCAGAAUGGGGAAUGAUUAAACAGAUCGUUGUGCCUACUCCGUUCAGAGGUAAAGUCAUCUCUUUAGCCCAUGAAAGUGACUGGUCAGGUCAUUUAGGAAUAAACAAGACGUAUAAUUUACUGAUACAACAUUUCAUUUGGCCCGAUAUGAAAAAGCAAGUAGCUGAAUACUGCAAGAGUUUCCAUGUGUGUCAGAUGGUUGGAAAACCUAACCAGAAGAUACGUCCUGUACCUCUAUCUCUUGUGCCUGUGGUUACCACUUUGUUUGAGCAUAUAGUGGUUGAUUGUGUGGGACCACUUCCUGUUACCAAAUCGGGAAAAAUGUUUCUAUUGACGAUCAUGUGUUCCUCCACCAGGUUUCCAGAAGCCACGCCCUUGUCAUCAAUAACCACUAGGUCGUUACAAAAGCCUUAACUGGUUACUUCUCUGUGUACGGUCUUCUGAAGGUUUUACAAACCGACCAAGGCACAAAUUUUAGAUCUCGGCUCUUUAAAAAAGGUUCAGAGAAUCUAGGCAUUAGACAUGUCACGUCUUCAGCCUAUCAUCCAGAAAGCCAAGGUGUUUUAGAACGUUGGCACCAAACUUUGAAGUCAAUACUUAAGAAAUACUGUCUUUCUACUGAUCGCACUUGGGACGAGGGAGUUACCUUUGUUCUUUUUGCAGCCCAUGAUGUGGUUCAGGAGUCCUUGGGGUUCAGUCCUUCACAAUUGGUCUUUGGCCACACCCCCAGAGGGCCCCUUAAAGCCUUAAAAGAACGGUUUCUUUGGUCUGCCCCCAGAGGGGGUGAAACAGUUAAUAGGUAUGUUGCUUCGUUUGAAGCCCGAUUAAGAAACGCCAACCGUAUAGCACAGGAGCAUUUACACCAAGCUAAAUGUAACAUGAAAGUACAGUAUGACAGAAAAGCAAAACCUAGAAGCUUCGCUGUGGGAGACCUAGUAGUAAUGCUGAAACCCAUGUGUGUGUCGUCUCUCUCACCCAGAUUUGAGGGACCCUUCAAGGUCCUAACUAAAGUUAAUGAUCACAACUAUGUGAUAAAAACCCCCUUUAGGAGGCGCAAGACUCAACUAUGUCAUGUUAACAUGCUGAAACUCUAUAAGCACAGAGUGGAGACCAAUCCAGUGGUGUGUGUACCUGUGGUCCACUCUGAGGCCUUCUCUCCUGAGCUUUCCGAUGACUCCAGUCAGGGUCCUGUUCAGCCUAUUAGUCCACGGCUGUCAAACUCUGAAUCUCUUAAAGAGCUUCCAUGAACCCUCCAACAUUUCUCUUCUGAUAUGAGAAGAGCUGACUAAUCGUGUUACUAACCAUCUCGAACGUUUCACUGACGUACCUUCCCGAACCCCUCUGGCAGUGCAUGAUGUGGAGCUUGUGGAUCCACGUCCGAUUAAACAACACCCCUAUAGAGCUAGGCCUCUCAAGAGAAGAGCAAUAAAUGAAGAAACUGGUUAUUUAAUUAAGAAUGGGUUGGCAGUGGCCAGUAAGAGUCCUUGGAGUUCUCCCUGUCUUUUGGAGAACAAGCCUGAUAGCACCUUUCGUUUUGUUACUGACUUUCGUAAGGUUAAUGCGGUAAUGGUGCCUGAUUCUUUUCCCCUACCCAGGGUGGAUGACUGUGUGGACAGCGUAGGUGCUGCAACUUUCGUUUCUCGGUUGGACCUUUUAAAAGGUUAUUGGCAAGUGCCUUUAACUUCUCGAGCGUCUGAGAUCUCUGCGUUUGUGACUCCUGAUAACUUUCUCCAUUACACUGUUCUCCCGUUUGUCAUGAGAAAUGCCCCGCCACAUUUCAGUGACUCAUUAACUCUGUGUUGUCUGAUCUUCCUCAUUGUAGCGCCUACUUAGAUGACAACAUCAUAUACACUUCCACCUGGCCCGAGCGUCCGAGUACACUACGUGAGGUAUUUGACCGACUAGAACAAGCACAACUCACACUAAAUCUGGUGAAAUGUGAGUUCGUCAAGGCAACAGUAAACUAUUUGGGGAAGGAGGUAGGUCAUGGUCAGGUUAAAGUAUUACAAGACAAAAUGCGUGCUAUGUCAUCUGUUGGGAAAAAACUGAUAUUUUACUGUUAAUAAUGUCUUUAAUGGUUUGACAUCUGGAGGUUAAACGAAGGUUCAUUGUUUAUCCACUUCUAUUCCUCCAACAGGGAGGGCUGACCUUGCACUCAGUACCAUAACUUAUCAGUAGUACUCUGGGUUAUGGGCCAGACAGCUCUGUUGUUGUAAAACCUGCACCUGGUGUGCCUUCCUCCCUGAGAGGCUCUGAGAACCUCUCCAUGUGUGUAAAUGUGUGUGCGUUUACCAUUUUGUGUGUCCUUAAUAAAUGCUUUCUGAGGGUUCUGUCUGAUGAGAGCGAAUUGACUACCGACUCGUGUGUAUCAUUGAUCUCUCUCCACUUUACAAAGUGUAAAUUGUUUAUUGUUGGUCAAGUAUUGGUAUGGGUUAAUUGAUUGGCUUAUUAAUAUAACCCCUGUGUGUUGAACUUUCCCUAAGGUAACCUGGAUGGGAAAUAAAAUUACCUAACAUCAUCUUUCCCUGUUCCUUCGACACGAAGAGAACUACGUUUCCUAGGAAUGGUUGGUUAUUACCGAGGGUUCUGCAGGAACUUCUCUACUGUAGCCAAACCUCUGACUGAUUUACUGAGCACUAAGACUAAGUUCCUGUGGACUCCUGAAAGUCAGCUAGCCUUUGAGGAUAUGAGGAAUCUCAUGUGUUGUGCUCCUAUCCUUGCAGCUCCGGACCUGGCUAAGCCAUUUAAGCUGGAGGUAGAUGCUAGCGCUGUGGGGGCUGGUGGUGUGCUACUACAGAAGGACCAGGAUGGGAUUGACCACACCGUGGGGUAUUUCUCUAGGAAGUUCAACAAAUAACAGAUGAACUACUCCACGAUCGAGAAGGAGACUCUGGCCCUCAUUUUAGCAUUACAACAUGUAACAUGUUUAUGUUGGCUCUUCUUCCUCCCCCACCAUCGUUUACACUGACCAUAACCCCUUAGUUUUUCUCCAGCGCAUGUUUAAUCACAACCAGAGACUGAUGCGAUGGGCCCUGCUUCUCCAGGAGUUUCCCAUCGAAAUCCACCACAAAAGUGGUGCAGAUAACAUCCUUGCAGAUGGACUGUUGAGUGGAUGUUCGGAUCUUGGAAUCCCUUGAGGGUCUCCCUGGUAGGCUGUAGAGACUCCCCCUCUUUAGGACGAGUCUGUUUGUUGUUUUUUAUAGUGUUGCGGCAAGGAGGUUAGUGUUGUCUGGUUCUUCCAGACAUCUCUGGAACACUCAGUAGUGCUAGGGAUCAGCACCAGCUGAUAAUUUCUGUUUAAUCCGCCCGCCUCUAGGUCCGCAUGAAGACCAGGGAUGACUUAGUA